CACACUGCGCGUGCGCGGAGCCGCCAUCUUGGAAAGUUCAAUUUUCUGCCUGUCACGAAAGAGAAAAAGUCGUCUGAAAACUCGAGUUUUUCCCGCUUUCUUCCAGACUGUUUUAAAACAACCAAAAUGCCGAUCAUAGCGCCGAACAUAGACAAGGUGGUGGUCCAUCCUCUGGUGCUUCUGAGCGUCGUGGACCACUUUAACAGGAUGAGUAAGAUCGGGAACUAUCGUCGCGUGGUGGGAGUUCUGCUCGGAUCGUGGAAAGGCAAAACCACGUUAGACAUUUCCAACAGUUUCGCAGUCCCAUUUGAUGAGGAUGAGAAGGAGCAGAGUGUCUGGUUCCUGGACCAUGACUUCUUGGAGAACAUGUACGCCAUGUUCAAGAAAGUCAAUGCUCGCGAAAGAAUAGUUGGCUGGUACCACACAGGGCCCAAACUUCACGUAAACGACAUCGCGAUUAACGACCUGAUGAGAAGAUACUGCUCUGCCUCGGUCCUGGUGAUCAUCGAUGCCAAACCCAAGGACCUGGGUCUGCCCACAGAGGCUUACAUCGAAGUAGAGGAAGUCCAUGAUGAUGGCACACCGACAUCAAAGACCUUCGAGCAUGUCCCCAGCGAGAUCGGAGCAGAAGAAGCAGAGGAGGUCGGAGUUGAACACUUACUUAGGGAUAUCAAGGACACAACGGUGGGUACCCUGUCCCAGAGGAUCACUAACCAGCUGAUGGGACUGAAGGGUCUGCACUCCAGAAUACAGGACAUACGCACCUACCUGGACGAUGUGGCUGAGGGUAAGUUACCUGUGAACCACCAGAUUGUUUACCAGCUUCAAGACAUCUUCAACCUCCUGCCUGACGUCAACCUGCAGGACUUUGUCAAGGCGUUCUACCUAAAGACCAAUGACCAGAUGUUGGUGGUGUACCUGGCCUCCAUGAUCAGGUCCAUCAUCGCUCUACACAACCUCAUCAACAACCAGCUCGCAAACCGGGACGCCGAGAAGGAGGGAACGAAAGAGAAGAAGGAUGACAAGAAAGACGACAAGGACAAAGACAAGGAUAAAGACAAGAAAGAUGAGAAGGACAAGGAGAAGGAUAAGGAUAAGGAGGAGAAGAGUAAAGACAAGAAGAAGUGAUUCUUAAAG